AGCGAGCGGCCGCACGGCUGCUGCAGAGAGAGAGAGAUCCGCGUGUAACGGGCUUGAACAUCUCACUGGCACAAUGAGCAGCAACUCUGGACCCCUUCAACUGGGACUCAUUAACUGCAACAACAAGUACCUCACGGCGGAGGCGUUCGGCUUCAAAAUCAAUGCUUCGGCCAGCAGCUUAAAGAAGAAGCAAGUGUGGAGCCUGGAGCCGGCGGGGGAAGAUUCCAGCGCCGUUUUACUUCGGAGCCACUUAGGCCGCUUCCUUUCCGCGGACAAAGAUGGGAAGGUGUUCGGGGAGAUCGAUACGCCGGGGCCCGAGUGCCGCUUCUUGGUCAGUGCGCAGGGGGACGGGCGCUGGGCGCUGCAGUCUGAGUUGUACGGCCGCUACUUUGGAGGCUCCGAGGACCGGAUCAGUUGUUUCUCUCCUUCGGUAUCACCCGCAGAGAAGUGGGGAGUCCACCUGGCCAUGCACCCCCAGUUCACCCUGUACAGCGUCACCCGCAAGCGCUACGCCCGUCUCAAUGGCCGCGGGGACGAGUUGUCGGUGGAACGGGACGUGCCGUGGGGGGUGGACUCGCUCAUCACUCUCGUCUUCCAGGAGAACCGCUACAGCAUCCAGACCCCCGACCAACGCCUCCUCGCCUCCGACGGAAGCCUGAGAGACCAGUCCGGCCCCGACACCGCUUACACGCUGGACAUCUCCGCCGGCAAAGUGGCCUUCAGGGCUAGUGACGGGCGCUACUUGACCUCGUCCGGCCCCAGCGGAACCAUGAAGGCAGGAAAGAACAGCAAGGCCGGGAGGGAUGAACUAUUUGUGCUGGAGAGAAGCUGCCCGCAAGUGGUUCUGACUGCUGCCAAUGGCAGGAACGUGUCUACAAGGCAAGGAGUUGAUCUUUCAGCAAAUCAGGAUGAGGAGAGUGACCAGGAAACAUUUCAACUGGAAAUCAACAAAGAUACAAAGAUGUGCGCUUUCCGGACUCACACUGGAAAGUAUUGGACCCUUUCCAGCAAUGGAGGGAUUCAGGCAUCUGCUUCUACUCUGAAUAGCAGCUGUUAUUUUGAAAUUGACUGGUGCGACCGUAGGAUCACCCUUAAGGGAGUUAAUGGAAAAUAUGUUACAGCCAAGAAGAAUGGGCAACUGUCUGCUUCUGUAGAUACACCAGCAGAGACCGAGCUCUUUUUAAUGAAACUUAUUAACCGUCCACUGAUCGUUCUGAGGGGUGAGCAUGGUUUCAUUGGCUGCCGUAAAUUGACUGGAACCCUUGAUAGCAACCGCUCCAUUUAUGAUGUAUUUGAACUGGAAUUCAAUGACGGUGCUUACAGCCUCAAAGAUGGCACUGGGAAAUACUGGACUGUGGGAAGUGAUAUGUCCGUUACCAGCAGUAGUCCCACUCAGGUGGAUUUCUUCUUUGAAUUCUGUGACUACAACAAAGUGGCAAUCAAAGUCAAUGGCCUUUAUCUGAAAGGUGACCAUGCUGGGGUUCUGAAAGCCAAUGCUGAGACCGUUGACCCUACAACACUCUGGGAAUACUAAAUAUAAUCUGGUCCUGAAUCACUAGCCAUGUCUCACCUUGUAUUCAAAUGUGUCCCUUGUGCCUGUUUGCUCUUCCAGGGCAAUAUAAUACAAAUCUUGUCUUGCUUGGAGAAACCAUUUUCUUUACUUUAGUCACUAUCUGCAGUUUAUGACCAAAUCUACAUGUAUAGCACUUCUGUGGUGCAGGGCAUUGUUUGCUGCCACAAUCUUAGUACCCUCUACUGUUCUGUAGUUAUACUUUUUAAAACCAAUCCACAAAGAAAUGCAGAUGUGGCUAAACUGACCCAUGUCUUUUUUUUAAAAAAAAUGUGUUUACAUCCAUAAACAGAACUGCUUCUUAACAAGGUAAUUUUUAACUAUGGUAGGAUUCCUGGGAUGACCCCCUUGGUGAGAAACUGAAAGAAAAUGGCAUCUCUUAGGAGGCCCUUUAGGUGGCAGUGGUUGUAUUUUGCCAAGUACUAGCUAUUUUGAAAUACGUUUGCUUUUUUUUUUUUUUUUUUUUUAAAAAAAAUAAUAAUGCAGAACUUGCACAUUUAACCAUUUAUGCCCAGUGAUUCAUAGGGCUGUAUUUCUCCCUGUAGAAUGGUUUAUGUAAUUGGAAAGGUAGAAUAUUAAUAGUAAUCCAAACAGUAUUAACAUUUUUUAUUUACUAUUUGUCUACUGAUGAGCCUCAUCUCAACCUUUGACAUAUCUCCGCAGUAAAUGUAAUGUACAUUGUGGUGCUAAAUGACAAUGCUCUGCGUUUUAAAGUAACUCAAAUGUCAUAAAAUGUAUCACCAUCAGAUACGUACCAAGUAUAUAAAGUUUCAUAACAUUUA